ACCAAAGUUCAGACGUGGGCAUCAGGAUACGGGUACCUGGGCCUCUAUUCCAGGCAAAUCAGUGUUUCCUUAUGCUGACUCCUGGACGUCAGCCAGAGUCCCCUGCUUCCAGGGCAGGUCUUCAGGCACCACUGGGGCUCACUGGACCUGUGUCUAACGGUGCUGCAGCAAGCUGUUGGAGACCCUGAGGCUGCACCAGGGACAAGUCUGGGAGGAAGGAGGCCUGCAGUUAGUCUCGGCCAGCCGUCCCACUGACCCUAGGACAACCUCCCCAGCAGGAAGAUGGUGAAGUGGUUCAGUGUCAUCCUGGCAGUGACUUUGAUGAUGGACUGGAGAAGCUGGGCUCUCGAGAGCUGCCUUCAAGAGCAGCAGAGGCUCAGGGACCAGCUGAGAGUCCUGGAGGCCCGGGUCAAGCAGCAGCAGGUGAGGAUUGAGCAGCUCCUGCAGGAGCAGGAGCUGCAGCUGCUGGACCGAGGAGAGGAAAGGAGCAUCCCGCACCUCGGAGGAAGGAGACAGUACGCAGAUUGUUCAGAGGUGUUCAAUGAUGGGCACAAGCUCAGUGGUUUCUACAAAAUCAAGCCCCUGCAGAGCCCGGAAGAGUUCUCUGCUUACUGCGACAUGACAGACGGAGGGGGUUGGACGGUGGUCCAGAGGCGCUCUGAUGGCUCAGAGAACUUUGACAGGAACUGGAAUGACUACGAAAAAGGUUUUGGGAAUUUUGUCCAAAAAAAUGGCGAAUACUGGCUCGGGAAUAAAAACCUCCACUUCCUGACCACCCAACGAGACUACGCUCUGAAGAUCGACCUCGCCGACUUCGAGGGAGAGCACCGUUUCGCACAGUACGAAAGUUUCCGAGUUGGCGAUGAAAAGAGCGCCUACGAGCUGAGCUUCAGGGAAUACUCGGGCACAGCGGGGGACUCACUGGCAGGGAGCUUCCAUCCUGAGGUCCAGUGGUGGGCUAGCCACUUACGAAUGAAAUUCAGCACCCGGGACCGAGACAACGACAACUACUCGGGGAACUGCGCGGAGGAGGACAAAGGAGGCUGGUGGUACAACAGGUGUCACUCGGCAAACCUCAAUGGUCUCUACUACCGAGGCGCAUACACAGGCCAAACGGACGAUGGCAUUGUUUGGUACACCUGGCGCGGCUGGUGGUACUCCUUGAAAUCUGUCGUCAUGAAGAUCAGGCCCAGUGACUUUGUGCCCAACGUCAUCUAAAUGUGCGUCCCGAGAUCUCUGUCCCUGCCUGGGCAGGAACUGCUGCCCCGAGGAUGGACUUUUCCAGUGUGGCCGUGUUGCUCAUCAUUUAGCACACUCUCAAUGAAGGAAAUGUAAUGAGAAAUUAACCCAAUAAAUGGUGUGAUCAGA